AUGCAUACUUCUACUACUACUUCUUCCUCCAUGAACUAUAUUUGCACCAGUACUGAGAGCGCUUGUCCAGUAGCGGCAGAUAAUCAAGAAGAUGAAGAUUCCGUUUUUCUCUCUCUUGGCCCUCGCGGAAACCACAAUAUCUUCAAGCAACACAAAGCCAUUUUUCAUCACUCUUCCUUAAACCAACCUCAGAAUGAUCAAAGCCUCAGGAGCAGACAUGAAGAGGGUGUUACCGUUGCCCUUCACAUUGGUCCACCAAAUGCCGGAUCAGUAGUACGCCCUAAUCACAGUGGAGGUCCUCCUAUUGAAAGCCAGUAUUGGAUUCCCUCACCGGCGCAAAUCCUCGUCGGUCCGACGCAAUUCUCUUGCUCAGUCUGCAACAAAACCUUCAAUAGAUACAACAACAUGCAGAUGCAUAUGUGGGGUCACGGUUCACAAUACAGGAAGGGCCCGGAAUCUCUAAGAGGGACAAAGCCAGCCUCAUCAAUGUUAAGACUUCCAUGCUAUUGCUGCUCCGAGGGUUGCAAGAAUAACAUUGACCACUCGAGGUCAAGGCCAUUGAAGGACUUCAGAACACUUCAAACACAUUACAAGCGAAAGCACGGAGCGAAACCGUUCGGUUGUCGCAAAUGUGGUAAGCCCUUCGCAGUGCGAGGGGACUGGAGAACUCACGAGAAGAACUGUGGGAAGCUCUGGUUUUGCAUUUGCGGGUCGGAUUUCAAGCACAAGAGGUCGCUCAAAGAUCAUGUUCGUGCUUUCGGGGACGGCCACACACCACACACAGUCGAGUUUUGCGAGAUUGAGGAAGAAGACGCGGACGAGUACGACGAUGAUGAUCGUGAUGGAGAUGAGGAAGAGCGCGAAAAUGAUACUUUUGAAUCUGUCGUUUUUUAA